AUGGCAGAUGUUUGGAAUGCGAAAAUUGUAGGAUAUAGGUCCAAGCCCAUAAUCAGUCUAUAUGAAGAACUUAGGUGUUACAUCAUGAGGAGGAUGGCAGCACAUCAAAGAAUUCUUGGAACGGUUAGGGGUAAAAUUGCCCCUGCACAACAGAAGAAGCUUGAUCAAUUGAAGGUCCUAAGCAAUUCCUGGACCCCUACAUGGACAGGGAAUUUGAAUCAAGACAUAUAUGAAGUUAGUGGAAAGGGUGAAAGGCUGGCUGGAUUGCCAUGUGAGCAUGCAAUUGCUGCAAUAUGUCACAAGAAUGAACCAGCAGAGCUGUAUGUGCAUCAAUGGCUGACAGUGGAUGCUUUGCAUGCCACUUAUGCACACACCUUGAACCCUGUCAAUUCUGAUAAGUAUUGGCCUACCUCAACUGAGCCUAAACCUAUUCCUCCACCAUUGAAAAGGCCAAUUGGUCGUCCCAAGAAACAUAGGAAAAAGGAUCCAAGUGAGGAACAUGGAAGCAAUACCAAAAGAGCUGGUCACUAUGCAAAGACUUGUAAGGGACCAGCAGCAAGCAAGAAAGGGAAGAGACCAGCAGCUCCUUCAACUCCAGUUACUGUCAACAUCCCAUCAAGACCUGGAGAGGAGCUCCCUCUGAGUCAAGGAGGACCACCGCUACCAAGUUCCCAAGCAGCUGAAGAAUCAAUUAGAGGCAACAACUCACCACCUUCUGCCCCACCACCACCCAGAAGUUUUGUCCAGUGA